AUGACCCUCGUACUUCCCGGCGAUACCGUCUCUCUCCCUUCGACAUCGGCACUCACCCUCGGCCCCGGAAUCUCAGCCUCUUCCUCCCGAUCUUCCGACCCGUAUGCCGGUCCCAGCGCCGAUGCGUCCUCGAGUUUCAUUGCUACUCGCUUAGGCCUGCUUAGUAGUCAGAAGGGCAAAGGGAAAGAUACGAGCGAGAGCUACUGGGUGGAUGGCCGAUCUAAGCGGUACAUCCCGGCGCAGAGGGAACUCGUCCUAGGCACAGUCAUCGCUCGGCACUCUGAAGGCUUCAGAGUGGACUUGGGGUCAAGUCAAAUGGCUUCGCUAGAUGCGUUGGCAUUUGAGGGAGCUACGAAGCGGAGCAAGCCGAAUCUCAAGGUCGGGAUGCUGGUGUACGCCCGCGUAUCACUCGCCAACAGAGAUAUGGAAACCGAAAUUGAAUGCUUCGACGCCGCAUCGGGAAAAGCAGAAGGGUUCGGCGAGUUGAAGGGAGGGUUGAUGAUCACUACCUCGCUCGAGUUCGCACGACAACUCCUUACACCAAAACACCCCCUCCUCCCCGCUCUCGCCGCGCAGUUCCCGUUCGAGAUCGCAGUGGGCAUGAAUGGGCGAAUAUGGUUCAAGGCGGGAGAUGUCAGCCAGACUAUUGCGAUCAAGAGGGUGCUGGAGAGGGCGGAGAAGGGUGAGGUGGGGACGGGGAAGGAGGAGGUGGGGAGGGCGGUAAGGGAGUUUGCUGCGUAA